AGAUACACUGCAAAAGGUAUUUUAUCAUUAGUUUUAUUAAAAUAAUUAAAAAAUCGAUUUGCAUGUAUUUAUUUAUUAUACUUUACUUUUUAGCCUUAGCUAAACUACGAUAACUGAAGAUAUUUUUGGAGAACAUACUGGUGUUACAGCCUGUUUAUUUUUCUUCGGACACGGUGAUGCUAAAUCGAUACCCUUAUUUCGGAUUGAUCUUACAGUAGCUAAUAAAAAUAGUAACAAUCAGAUAUCAAAAAGUAAUUGUUUGUUUACAGAAAUCGGAAUACAUACAUCGUCUGUGAGAUUCUAUUGAUUCAUCAAAACCAGAACUUGAUUUAAGUUCAUGGGAUUUUUCUUUUUUCUUACAUUUUGAUAUGCUAGAAUCGUUAUCCACUUCAUCAUCAUCAUCAUCAUCGUGUCUCACGAUGGUGGUAUGGUGGAAUUGGUUUGUGAUCUAUUUGCAUUGUAUACAUUUUAUUUAACGAAGCCGCGAUGUCAUCAGAAGCAGAAAAUGGUUUUGUACGGGUGAAUAAUCAGUUAUGUUAUUUUUCUAUAGAUGGACAAUUUUUCGCAGUUGCAUAUCAAGCGAAUUUAAUCAUUAAAAGUAGCAAAACCGCAGCUACUGUUCAUUCGUUUAUAUUUCCAAGUAUAAUUGAGUAUUUAGAGUGGUCCAAAAAUAGUGAGUACAUUGUAUGUGCAAAUAUUAAAAAAGCUAUUAUUCAGGUGUAUUCUAUUUAUUACCCUGAAUGGAGAUUUAAGCUUACUGAAGGCAGUGAUGGUUUAGAAAGCGUUAACUGGUCUCCUGAUAGUAGACACAUUCUAACAUUCUCAGAUUUCAAUAUUCAGAUAUCAAUAUGGUCCUUGGAAAAUUUGAGUGUAACUCAUAUACAAAAUGUAAAGUCUUCUUAUAAAAAAUUAUAUGUAAGUCCAAAUGGUAAGAAAUUAGCAGUAGUAAUUUCAAAUGAAGGUGAAGAUCAAAUAGAAAUUUAUAAGACUGAUAGAUGGAAAUUAGAUAAAAAAUUAAUAUGUGGACGUUUGAAUAGUAUCGAUGGAAUAUGCUGGUCGCCAAAUAGCGAAUUGUUAUGUAUAUGGUGUUCCUUUAGCGAUGAAGCAAAGUUAAUUAUUUAUUCAAAUAAAUUAGAAAGAGAUAUCGCGGUAUUUUGUCCUGCGCAAAUUUUAAAUUCAUCUGAAAUAGAAUACACCUAUGAAAAAGAAUUAAAAGGAAUUGAAAAUGUAACGUGGAUGCCCAGUGGACAGUUAUUAGCUGUAGCAGGAUUUAAUGAAAUGGUCGUAUUAUUAAAUCACGUAACAUGGAAACCACUUUUACAAUUGUAUCUUGACCCAGUAAUUAAAGAAAAUUAUUUGAACAAAGUAUACAAAGAUGUUAUAGUACAGACAAAUAAAAAUAUUAGCUUUUAUGAUAAACAUAUCCUGGAAGAGAAAUCGGAAAGACCAAUAAAUAUAAAAAUUGGUAAAAAGGAUAAUAUCGACAGGCUUUCAGUUGCUAAAUUUGAUAUUUUAGUAUUUAGUUUUUGCGGCCAAUAUUUGGCUAUAAAACACCAACUUUACCCUUCAACAUUAUGGGUUUGGAAUAUUAACGAGGAUUAUCUUGAUUAUUUGCUUCUUGAAAAUAACAUUACGUCUGUGAAGUGGAAUCCCACACGUGCUCAUAUGUUAAUAUUUUGCGAAUGCGCGCACAUGUUUGAAUGGACACCAAGUAGUGCAAGGUGCAUACCAACUCCGCGAAAUAUUACAGCGUUAGAUGCUCGAUGGCACCCAGAAGGAAAUGUUUUGCUACUUUGUGGUUAUAACAAAGCAGUUAUUCAUCAGAUUGAAAACAAAUCAUGAAUCAUUUAAGAUAAUAUAGUAUAUAGAAAUA